CUGUCCAGACAGUGACACUGAGCUGUCAGAGAAGCCAAACAUCCAAUGUCUCUUCUGCGAACAUUGACACACACAAACACAAUCUACCUUCACUUGAGAAAUAUUCUACCUUAUGUACUUUGUAUCAGUGCAUUAACCACGUUUCCCGUAUACAGACCUCUCUGAUGAGUGAUCGGAUGUAAAAAUGUUGCAGUUUGGGGUCAAAGGUUAAGCUCUAUGGCAGAUUGCUCUUGUAUGGUGUAAGAGCUUCAACAUCCUUUGCUUUCCCACUGCAGUGAGUUAAGGUCUCUCUACAUGCCUCUCAGGUGCCUUUGGGAGGGCUGUUUGAAGUCAAUCAGUUGGGGAGCUGCCUUGAAAGUGCUCAGAUUGAGCUUUAAUCCAGAGAGACACAAUGUACGGACUGCUGUGCGAGAGUCUGCACGACUUCAUUAAGGAGUCAUACGGGGAUGAUGUGUGGAAGCUGGUCAGAGAGAGAGCAGAUGUCAGGUUACACUCCUUUGUCACCCACCAGGUGUAUAGUGAGAGUGUGAUACCUCGCAUUGCAAAGGCAGCCAGCGGAGUGACAGGCACACCUUACAAUGAGCUGAUGAACUCCUGGGGUGUCUAUUUCUUGGGCUUUGUGGGGAAGUAUGGCUAUGACAGGAUCCUGAAGGUGUUGGGCCGUCAUGUGCGUGACUUUGUCAACGGCCUCGAUAACCUGCAUGAGUACCUGCGCUUCAGCUACCCCAAGGUGCAGCCUCCAACCUUCUUCUGCCAGGAGGAGUCAGCCACCGGAGUCACCCUGCACUACAGGAGCAAACGCAAAGGCUACCUGCACUACGCCAUGGGUCAGCUCAGGCAGAUGGGGAAACAGUUCUAUGAUACUGACAUUCAUGUGGAGGUGCUGUCUGAGCAGAUGGUCGGAGACUACUCCCAUGUCACCAUGAGACUGAACUUCGACAACUCAGCCUACCGUUACAUCAUGAAGGAGGAUGAGGAAGAGCAGGAGAUUCUACCAAUUACCUCAGACUUCUUCUUUGAGGUCUUUCCCUUCAACAUCGUCUUCAGACAGGACAUGGUGGUGCACAAUGUUGGCUCAGGCCUUUCCACUGUCUUCCCUGAUCUGGAUGGGAAGAAGAUCACUGAUGCCUUCCUGCUAGCUCGCCCCCUAGUGGAGUUCACAUGGAACAUGAUCAUUUCCCAUCCAAAUAACCUGUUUGAGAUCAUGUCCAAGGAGCCUGUGAAAAGAGAGAGGAACCUUCACAACCGAGUCCAGAAUUCUGAUUAUGAAAAUGCCAAUCGCUCUGCAGAUGUGGAUGUGGAGCUCAUGGCUUUCCAGUCAAUCAUUGGAGAUGAUUACAAAGAUGGUAACAGUGCUAAUGCAAUGGAGAGUUGGGGUGAUGGGAGCCGCUGCUUAAGACUGAAAGGACAAAUGAGAUACAUGCCAGAGUGGGAGUCCAUCAUCUUCCUGGGAACCCCUGUGAUGGAGAGUCUGAGCGCUAUGUUUAAGACAGGCUUGUACAUCAAUGACCUGAGCAUGCAUGACUCCAGUAGAGACCUGGUGCUGGCAGGCACCCAGCAGUCAGAGGAGCUGAAGAGAGCUCUCAUACAGGAGCAGAAGAAGUCCAGUAAACUGGAGGAGAGCAUGAAGAUGCUAGACUAUGAGAUGAAGAAGACUGAUGACCUUCUGUACAGGAUGAUUCCCAAGCCAGUGGCCAAGAGGCUGCGCAAAGGAGAGCCAGCUGUAAACACUUGUGAGGUGUUCCCAGAUGUGACCAUUCUUUUCAGUGAUGUGGUGGGAUUUACUCGCAUUUGCAGCCACAUCACUCCACUGCAGGUGGUCUCCAUGCUCAACACUAUGUACACGCUGUUUGACACACUCAGUGAGAAGCACCGUGUCUUUAAGGUUGAGACCAUUGGUGAUGCCUACAUGGUGGUGGCUGGGGCUCCAGAGAAGACAAAGUAUCAUGCCCAUAACAUCUGUGACAUGGCUCUGGACAUGGUGCGCUCCAUAGAUCACCUGAAAGACCCCUCAAAUGGCAACCACAUACAGAUUCGUGUUGGGAUUCACUCGGGGAUGGUUGUGGCAGGUGUGGUGGGACAUAAGAUGCCACGUUAUGGCCUGCACGGUGACACUGUUCACACUGCAUCCGCCAUGGAGAGCAAUGGAAAGGAGAUGCACAUUCAGCUCAGCAGCGCCACCUAUGAACACCUGAAAGGAAGCCACUUCAUUUUUGAAAGGAGAGGCACCAUUACGAUCAAGGGCAAUGUUGAAAUUGAGACCUACUGGCUGAAAGGAAAGAGGGACAAAGAUGGCAAUGCUCAGGCAGCGUGUCCUCAGUUUGAGACCCAGACCAUCAGCAAAGUCAACAUCACAGCCCCUGAGGAAAGAGGUGAUGUGAAGGAACUGGUUUUCCCACCGGUUGCAGGCAAGGAUGAGGAUGUCAAGUCUAUUCGCUCACAUUGUAUUAAGAUGGAGAUAUCAGGCCAUUCCCUGGAGGAGUCGAUGGAGGAGAGCCGUUUGGAGCAGAUGUCGGUACAUAAGCCUCACUUUAAGGACGCCUUGCAGGAUGGCCUCCAGGACCCACACUUGGAAAUGGACUCACCUGAGUCCAAUGGCAGAGACUCCAUCAUGGAAUCUCGAAGCAGCUCCUGUGACUCCCCCUCCUUCAAGAGUGCCAUGUGCACCCUGUCAUAGAUUUGAUUUGCAUGAGUCGGUAAUAAACCAUUGUUUCUAAUGCGGUGGUAAAACAACACUCACAAAGCACUAAUUGUUGGGGAAAAUAGACAAUUGAGGUUUUUUUUUUAAAUAAUAUUUUGAGUUUCUGAGAGAGUUCUUGUGGAUGUUGCCAUCUAAUAUUGCUUUUUUGUUCAUGAACUAGUUUGCUUUGCAUCUAGUGACCCUGUGUGGAGUUUAAUAGCCUGGAAGCCAGACGACCAAGGGCAGGCCAAUCACAAAUGUCUGUUUAAUAUUGGGCAGAUUGAAAUACUGAUGUCAAACAAUCUGAAUCAGCUAUCUUUAGAGUUUUAAACAAACGGCCCAGUGGUUAAAUUUACCUUAUAAAAGUUACCUGGAAAUUGUCUGCUUCUAAAUGAUGUUGUGCCAACUUUAUUUGCAUUAUGUGGACUAGAAGCCCUUUUCUUUCGAUGUUUCAAAUAGCAGCGGAGCUGAGCAGUCUACUGCUACAUCAUAUAAUUCACAGCUCUGAAUGUUUUUUUUUUAUGUGGUCUGUGCCUGCUGAUAACACCACUGUAUAUCAAAAAUUGUAUUCAGGGGUUCUAGACAAAUUCUCAUUUGCAAAUUUAUCAGGCAAUACCAAGCUAGUGUUUUGUUGCACUGCCAAAUCAUUAGUGCAUAUUUAGCUCUGAGAGUACAGAAAUUAAUCAUAGCUACUGCUUUUAAUUUUACACUUUGAUGAUUUAGAAAAUUUGCAUUAGAGCUUUAUCUGCCCUGUGAGAGAUCACACACUCUUCAAAAUAACAAUCAAUAAUCAAACCAGUCAUAGGGAUAGUUCAACCAACACUCUGCUGCUUAUUCAUUUAGUAACAUGUUUUGAAAUACAAAAUGGUAUCUGCCUUGUCAUUCAACGGGACAUAAGAUCAGUUAUUUCCUGCACUGUUUUAUUCUGCUGCACCUUAUAGAUCUGACAUCUUGUUUCAUCUGGUGAGAAGAAUCACUCUGAAUCCCCCCGCCCAAUCCCUCUCCCUCCUCUCCCCUUCAUCUCGCAUGUCUGAAUUCAUUGUUCUAUAUCAGUCCUGUCAAAUACACAGCCCCGGCACAAUGUAAACGCUUGUCAGCUCAGUGAAAAUAAAGCUAGAUGACUGCUGA